GGAAAACAGCCCAAUUAGAGGCAGCGAUCUCGUAGCUCUCUGCCCUCUCUCCCCUGUGGAUGAAGCAGAUGUAAAACAAUAGCUUUAUUUGUGCAGAAUUUAAUUGGGAAGUUCAAAGGAAGCGUCGGAGGCUCUUUUGAUCUCUGGGUGUUUGAACGCCACGUUGCAUCGGUGCCUGCUGGCCAUGGCGGUGACCUCUCGUGUUAAUUAGUGUUUAUCUGAAAUCGAAUUAGCUCGCAACUGGGAGAAAGCAGAGUGAAAAUCAGAGGAUAAUCACAGAUUUGUGUGAUUCUCACUUAGAGGUAAAGCAGGUCUCUGGCUGCGGGAGCUGGCAUUAAAAUAACUCUGAGAACAUUACAUUUGGGCGUUGCUUUUGUAACGCUCUCUGUCCGAUGGUGCUAUUUCUCUUACUAAUACCCCGUGCUGCCUUCAUCUUUGCUGAGUCUGCUGCUCCGUGCUGCUCACUGGAACUUAAACCAUAAACCAACACUGAACAAUGAUGCAUUAUUUAUAGCAGACCGAAAGCUGUAAGGUUGACAAUGGUGCAAAGCUUCUCUUUCUUGUGGUCAGUAAUCCAUAAAUAAAUACAUCAUCUGUUGAGGGUUGUAGGACUGUCAGAUGGAUGGGAAUAGCCUGCGUUAUACAACGAGGGCACGGGGAUGCUGUGAGAGCCAGCACCUGCUUCUGCUGCAAAUUGGCCAUUUCUGAGUAAUGGUGUUAAAAGCCUUCACCUGGAGGGAGGUGUGAGUGAUCUUGGUGCCCAGCUGUGGAGCUGGGUGGAAGGUGGAGGGCAGCAGAGGUUCUUGGUGUACGGGAGAAAUGUGUGAAGCUGUUAGGUUCUGUGCCUCUGUGUGAAAUAUUAUACCGGGCUUUGUAGUGAAAGCUAUAUUAAGAGGAAGGUGUAUGGCCCCAGUUUCUGAGCAGAGAAUAGCCAGGGACAUGGAAGUUUAAUGCCUGUCUGCCACGAACAUCUGUAGAGCUUCAGCAUGUCAGGCUGGAAUGAAAUCCUCAGCUCAAAUCCAGGUCCAGCAUCUCCCAGGUGCAGAAUUGUCCUGAUGUCCCCGGGUUGUCGAGCAAAUUGCUUAUUGUGUUGCUCACUUACACAAUGCAUGUUAUUAUGUGCAACCAGCUGCUCCUGUUUGGCAUUGCUUGCACAUACAGAGCAGGAGGCUACCGUCGCUUCUCUCGUCUGGAAGUCACCGCUCCCUCUCAUGCUGGAGUUGCUGCCAGACCAAAAGUCUGGCAAAGAAGCAAUCCUGGUAGGAAAGGUCCCUGAGAGACUCCUGCUCUGGUAUGAGUGAGGUUGCAGCUUUGCAAUGAGUUCGAGCUGAUCUGGCUUUGUGCUGCUGUUGAAAGCUUCCUCGUGCCUCUGCCUGCUUGUUCCCAUUGCUUUCCUUGUGCUGGCACUAGCUCUUGGGUGACUGCACGGGCAGCUGGAGCAGAGGGUUGAUUUUGCUGUUGUUGCAGUUGCCAGUCGAGUUUUCAGCUCCGUCCCUUCCCCUGUCCACCUCCAGGCUCAUUCAAGCACUAAUGCCGGCACAAAAGACAAAGCAGACACCUCUUCCAGUAAUGAGAGCAGCUUAGAUCCAUCACAGAGCCUCAUGUUGGAGACCUGUCUGCAGCCAAAGGCAGGUGGUGACCAGAGCAGGGGCAUGUAAGAACAGGAGACUCAGUCCUGCUUGGGAGAGCAGCAACUUGAGCAUUUCCCAGCAUCUCCAACAUUGACCCCUGUGUGACAGCUGUGGGCAGAAGCAUUUAUCUGUGGAACUGGAGGGCACUAGGCCCCUGGUGGGGGGAAUGGUUUCACAUCUACAGAGGCUUCAGUGUGCUCUGAGCUCAGGGCGUUAGGGUUUGGCAGCACAGGGGUUUGGGACGGAGCUGCUCCUGAUCAGGGCUCUGCAGGGCACACACAGUCUGGAAAGCAAGCGCAUAUUCCAAAUGGAAGUUGACCUCUUUAGUGUGCGGGGGUUAAACUAAGAGAACAUGAAGUGACCUCAGCCCAGAAUAAGAACAUGCACGCGGGGAUUUUUAAAAUAGUUAGCCUGCUUCAAGUCUCUAUCUUCCUGAAUUUGCAAGUAACUUCCAUCUCUUUCAUUUGCUUUAAGUUCUCUGACUCUGGACCACAUCUCCAGGCUCUGAACCCCAGUGCGCAGGAGGCAGCGAGAGAGCAGUUCUCUUUAUUUAUAUCAUGCUGGACUUGCCUGGAAUUUAGUGAUAAAGCAUCGCAGCGAGCCGGGCAUUGACGAGGCUGGAGCGGACCUGUGUGGACGCGGCCGCGUUCUGCUUCGUGGCAGCCGCAGCGGGGACAAGCACCGGGCGUCACUGCCCGCGGGACCUGCGGAGCAGCACGGCCCUGAGCGGGACCGGCCGGGCUGCCGCUGCCGGGGGGACUGCGCUCCUUCCCAGCACCGCUGCCCUUCUCCGGACACGCUCCAGGGCUCCCCCGCGCCAAUAAGUAACUGAAUAUCCCUAACGAGAAGGAAUCGUAAUACCAAUAGCGAAAAGCUCCGCCAGCGGUUCUGCCCUCGGCCCCGCACCUGCCGCCUGCCCUCAGCGGCGGGCCGCCCCCGGCUGCCAGCAACCUGUUGGAGCCGAGGGCGGGCGAGGAGGAGGAGAAAGCGGCGGCGCGGGGCUCGGCGGGGUUCGGCUCGACAAAGGCGGAGCAGCGAGCGGCAGAGCCCGACCGCCUCCCUCCUCCUCCUCCCCCCGCCGGCGGCAGCGGGCCCGGCGGGCAGCGCGGGGCCGGGGCGCUCGCACAAGAUGGCGGUGGGGCGGCGGGAGAGCGCGCUCCCCUCGUAAAUGCGGCCGCGGCGGCCCCAGCUCCCGGCGCCCGGCGGGGCUUACAUGGCGCUGGAGGAUCUGCUUUGUGUCUGCUUCGCCGUGCUGGCCGUGCAAGGGCGAUUGUUGGAAGGGGAUUCUGUGGAGCUGAGCUGUAGUGCUGGUCCUGCAAAGGUGAUACUGGAGCCAAACCAAGUCGCGGUUUUGGACUGUAACCUGGCCCCCGCUGAGCAGGUGAUCAAUAUCACAUGGAAGAAGAAUGGGUUUCCGCUAGUGGAGCAGGAACAUCUGCACGUGCUUCCGAAUGGAUCACUCUUCAUCUCAUCGCAGGCUGCGGCAAAGGACAGUAAAUACCCUGAGAGAGCUGAUGCUGAGGGUAAUUACUCUUGCGUGUCCCACAGCUCCCUAGGGGCUGUCACCAGUCAAACAGCCACAGUCAGAUUUUCAACCUUGGCACGCUUCUUCCAGCAGCCAGAGUCACAGACAGUGGAAGAAAAUGGCAUGGCUCGGUUUGAGUGCCGGAUCGAAGGCUUGCCUUCCCCUGUCAUCACGUGGGAGAAGGAUCACGAAGCUGUUCCAGAAGAACCCAGGUUUAUAACUCUUCCGAAUGGUGUCCUCCAAAUUGUUGACGUGCAGGAGAGCGAUGCUGGGGUGUACCACUGCGUGGCCAGCAAUGCUGCUCGGAAGCGCUACAGCAACGAUGCAGUGCUCAGUGUCCUGAAAGGUUCCCAGCCAGCAGGAGGAGAUGUCACCAUCGUUGCUGCUCCGGAGAACACCACCGUGGUGGCGGGGGAGAGCGUGGUGAUGGAGUGCAUGGCGGCCGCCGAUCCCACCCCCUUUGUCUCCUGGAUACGGCAGGAUGGAAAGCCCGUUUCCACAGAUGUGAUUGUGCUGGGUCGGACAAACCUCCUCAUUCCUUCCAGCCAGCCCCAUCAUUCUGGAGUGUACGUUUGCCGUGCUAACAAACCCCAGACCAGGCAGUUCGUUACAGCUGCAGCUGAGCUCCGGGUCCUGGCUACGCCCAGCAUCUCCCAGGCUCCCGAAACCAUCUCGCGUACCCGAGCCAGCACGGCUCGAUUCGUCUGCAAGGCGGAGGGCGAGCCAGCCCCCACCAUUCACUGGCUGAAGAAUGGCGAGGCCAUCCUCUCCAAUGGGCGAGUGAAGGUCCAGAGCAGUGGUAGCUUGGUGAUCAACCAGAUCGGGCUGGAGGAUGCUGGCUACUACCAGUGCGUGGCUGAGAACAGCCUGGGCAUGGCGUGCGCCACUGCCAAGCUCUCCGUGAUUGUGCGGGAGGGUUUGCCCAGCGCUCCCAAGAAGGUCUCAGCUGUGUCCCUCUCCAGCACCACAGUCUUAGUGUCCUGGGAGCGGCCAGAGUACAACAGCGAGCAGAUCAUUGGCUUCUCAUUGCAUUACCAGCGGGCUGUGGGAACAGAUAACGUGGAGUACCAGUUUGCUGUCAAUAAUGAUACCACUGAGCUGCAAGUCAAGGACCUAGAACCCAACACCAACUAUGUCUUCUACGUGGUCGCAUAUUCUCAGCUUGGAGCCAGCCGGACAUCCUCGUCCAUAAUUGUUCAGACUCUGGAGGACGUUCCUAGCGCUGCCCCUCAGCUGUCCCUGUCAAGCAUGACUCCUGGUGACAUCCGUGUGACAUGGUUGCCUCUUCCUCCAGAGCUGAGUAAUGGCAAGAUAACCAAGUACAAGAUUGACUACUGCACUAUCAAGGAAGCAGAUCAGGUUAACUCCAUUGAAGUGGGUGGAAAUGAGACGCAGAUCACUCUGUACUCGCUGCAUCCCAACAAAGUGUACAAAGUGCGCAUUGCAGCCAGCACCAGCGUGGGCUACGGGGCCCCGUCCGAAUGGACCCAGCAUCGAACUCCUGACAGGGACAACCAGACACAUGUUCCAUUUGCCCCAACAGAAUUAAAAGUCCGAGCGAAGAUGGAGUCUCUCCUGAUUACAUGGCAACCCCCAGCCAACCAUGCCCAGAUAUCAGGCUACAAACUCUACUACCGGGAGGUGGGCCAGGAGGAGUCCAGCGAUGAAAGCCCUCUGGAUGGUGCUGAAGAUGAGAGCUGGGACGUAGGACCCAUAAAGCUAAAGAAGAAAGUGAAGCAGUAUGAACUGACUCGACUAGCUCCUGGGAAACUCUAUGAGGUGAAGCUGGUGGCGUUCAAUAAGCACGAAGACGGUUAUGCAGCGGUUUGGAAGGGCAAAACAGAAAAGGCGCCUGCAACAGCAGUGGAUCCCCCUGUGCAGAAGGGUCCUCCACUGCCUCCAGUCCAAGUCUACGCAGAGUCCAACAGCUCAACUUCCAUAUGGCUCAGGUGGAAGAAACCUGACUUCACCACGGUCAAGAUUGUCAACUACACCGUGCGCUUCAGCCCUUGGGGCCUGAAAAAUGCCUCUCUUGUUACAUACUACACAAGCUCGGAUGAAGACAUCCUCAUCAGUGGGUUGAAGCCCUACACCAGAUAUGAGUUUGCUGUGCAGUCCAAUGGUGUUGGUAUCGAUGGGCCCUUUGGCAGCGUGGUGGAGCGAUUCACCCUUCCUGACCGUCCCUCGACCCCUCCAUCUGACCUGCGGCUGCACCCCCUCAACCCCUACGCGGUCCAGGUGCACUGGUGUCCCCCUGCUGAGCCCAACGGCAUCAUUGUGGAGUACCUCAUCCUGUACAAUGCCAACAACACGCAGCCUGAUGACAUGUGGACCUUGCUGACACGAGAAGGAAAUAUCUUCAGCACUGAAGUGCACGGCCUGGAAAGUGACACCAGAUACUUCUUCAAGAUGGGAGCAAAGACAGUCGUGGGAUCUGGUCCCUACUCAAACGUGAAGGAUGUGCACACCCUCCGGGAGAAGCUGUCAGAUGUUCUGGAUAUCCACUCUGUCACCGGAAUCAUUGUGGGAGUCUGCCUGGGGCUGCUCUGCAUACUCUUCUGCAUGUGUGCCAGCUUCCGCAACAGCAAGCAGAGGGAGGCUCUGCCAGGCCUGGAUUCCCAAGCAGCUGGCAACCACACUUACUACCACCGGGGCAGGCAAGGGGUGGCAGCUCCCUGUGCCACCUCGGACACACAUGAGCUGGAGUCCCUCAUGUCCCCGCUGCCGGAGGAUGCACCUGUGCCCCUAGGAGACAUCACAGAACUGACGGAAGUGCACAGCCUCAUCCACACGAGUCUCCCUGAAGACACUGUCCAUGGGAAGAGGAAGACUUCGUGGAAUAAAUCAGCUAACCAGCCCUGGACAAACAGCAUAGCCAGAUACGGGGACACUAUCACAAAAGAGCCUCUCCCUGCAGUGAACGGAUCACUGAAGCUCCCUUCCAGCACAGGACAGAAGCUUUUGUUACAAGCUCUGGUUUAUGAUGCUGUGAUGAAUGAAGCAAAGAAGAGUCAGCCGCCAGCCAGCCUCCACCAAGUGGAAGCAGAGGUCAUCGUUCAUUCUGAUUUUUCAGCCUCUGACAGAGACUAUGGCUCCCAGCUGCACACCCUGGAUGGUCAAGAGACAGAAUCUGAGGAGCAGGAGCCUGAAGAGUUUUCCUCUGGUGACCUGGCUCUCCCUGGCUCUCCCGGCACCCAGCAGGAUGCAAGCCAAGCAUUGAUGGACUGCUCGGGCAAUGUGGAGGUUCAGACCCAGGACGAGCUGUUGUGUGCCACCAGAAAGACUAACAGAACGGAGGCCGUUUGCAUCCCUGGGCUCACCAAUGGCUUCCACAGGAAUGGGGAAAGUCUGGAUUCAUUGGAGAGUGGAGGUUCAGACUCCAUCCCGGAAGGCAGGGGGAAUGUGCAUCCAGUCAAGUGCCAGGCGCUGUCUGUGGCCCCAGAGGAGGCUCCCCUGUGUAGUAGCUCUGGUUUAACCAGUUCAUCCUCAGCAUCUGAGAACAUAGCAUGUGUCCACAAUCAUUAAAGAGUAAACUAAUCUGAUUUUGAUCAUGGGAGAGCUAGAAGCACCGCUAAGGGCCUGUUCCUUCGAGGUACUGCAUGCCCUCAAUUCACUGGAUUGAGCUAAGAAGGCACAGCACCUCACCAGAACAGGAUUAGGACCUGUCAGCUGUACAUAUUGCCUUCACGAAAUCAGUAGGUAGACUGAUAAGGGCCCAUCUUUCCGCCGAAGCUAAUGGGUAACCUGGUGUUCCUGGGAGCAGAACUGAGCUGUCUGCCAAAGACUGACACGAAACCACAGCUAGAGCAGAGCCCUCUGCGUUAUCCUGGUGCUGUCACCUCGCCGCAGGCCCCUGUACGACUGGCAAGUUGUCUCCUGAUGCUGGCAAGAGGCAGGGCGUGCUGAGCCAUUCUCCUCAACCGUCUCUUGUCCAAGGACGGCCUUGGCACUACCCACUGCCUUGUGGUGUUGGGAUGGACUUCGUCAGAGUCCCACAAGGAGGUGGAACCAGCACAACAAGCAGAGCUGUAACCACCAGCCUUUUCUGCCCUCCCGUGGUUAAAAGGAUUAUAAGGCUCUCUUUGUACGCUGCCACAGUAACCAUUGCUAGCAGGCUGAUGUAGUGGCCUUUUAUUACACACUCUACGAGUGCCUCUAACAACUUGUACUAUACAGAACCUUCUUUGGUGUCUAGGUCAUUUCACCAACCUGGACUUUGUUUUAGGAAGGUUCUCGUACCUAAUAUUUUAGGUACACAUCUGUCCUUUUAAUGUACGACAUGUAUUUUUAUUUCCUUGGAGCAUCUUUAUAUUAUUUAAUUUUAUGAAGUGGAGUAGCGUGUGGUAUAGAGUAGCAUUUUUACUACUUCUCCCUUUCCUUUGUUUUUUUCCUCCCUAACAACACAACUACCUCAUGUCUGUUGGAGAAAAAAAAAGCAGUAGAUCUACUCUUUUGUUAUAGUCCAUUAUAGGUUUUAACUUAUUCUUAUACUGCCUUUUUCUAAAGAAUAUGUUUGCACUGGUUGUUGACUAUUUUUUUUAAUAGUGCAGCAGAGCUGAUGUCUAUCUUGCUUUGUUUCUAAGCAUUGCUGUAGGGCACAUUCCCUACAGCUGGAGAGGGUUGUGUUUCUCUGUAGGACUGUGUUUUACAGGAGCUGGCCAAAGGAGACUGCUUCAGCUGUCAGGAUGUUGAUCAGUUUUUCUUUAAGAAAUUUAUACUAGCAAAGAGGAAAAAAAGAACCAACAAUUACAGAAUUAACUUGUGACCUUGGGGGCUUCUUUUGUGUCCAAAUGGAGACCGCUCAGAUGUUCAAGUUCCAGAGAGCAGCUCUCAGCCUCCUGUAAGCAGUGGGCUUGCUGAAGGCUUUGGAUGAACAGGAGAUAAUUUCUUGUCAUUUCUGAGAACCCUCUCAGUGCGCCCUGCGUUGGAGCUGAGCCGGACCAGCCUUGCAUUACGCUGUCAGACUGCUGUUCAGCAGAGAACCUCUAAGCCUCCAUUUACGCUGCUGGGAAGCAUAUUGAAGCUUCCACCUUUCCCAUCCUACCGUUUCUCCCCCCAGCACAACACCCUGUUCUAGGACAUGGCUGUAUUUCUACUUGUUGCAGUUGCUCUGCUGCUCCAGUUGGUGUUUGCUAUCUUGAGGAGUCUCAGAAAUGCUGUUCCGGACUCUGAAGCACCAUGGCUGAAAGGCAGAACUGGAAAUCAGUGCCGGGAGCAGACUAGGCAGGAGUUAGUGCACGAAGCUAGAAAGCCAAGAAAUGAUAACUGGGCAGUGGAAGUGCAUAAUUAACCUCCAAGAACUCACUGCCACAAGACUUUGAAACUAACAACUUAGCGGGGUUACCGAUAAGGCAAGGAAGUGUUAUUGCAGGCAAUAAGGGCAAUUCACAGUUAUAUGAGAGCGGAUGCGAUUGCAGGAGUGUAAACCCUCCAGCUGGGGACUAUCAGGCACCAGCUGCAGAGGGGGGGGGCUGAUUUCUGUAGCUGGACCUGAGCUGGUAGUUAAUUUCAUGGAGGAAUCCUUGCCCUGGACAAGCCACACUGCUAACUUUGGUGUGCAAAAGGGGAUAAACACCGUGCUCCAAAAAAGCUCACUCUAGAAGAGCUUCUGUUGACUUCUUUCACCUCCGAAGCCAAGUUGCUACCUGCAAGCAUGAAAGCAUGGCAAAGGAUUACUUCCACUGAGAUCUCGCUGCUGGAGGGCAGUGGCAGGAGGAGUCGGGCCAGCAGCAGGCACAGUGGGUGCUGGAGUUCUGCUGGCUUCCUGUGAUGAUGCUGUACCUAGGGCAGGUCAUGUGUCAGCCCAGAGCUUUCCAUGCAAAGGACUUGUGUGGAUGGAGGCUUAGUCCCGUGGCUGAUGAAGGGCUGUGCCGUAAGGACACUCCUAGGUACGUCCAUCCUCUGCUUUGUCUGCACCUGCUUUAGGAAUCAUGUAACCAUGGGGUGAGCAAUGCUGAUCAGCCCGGUAUCCAUCCCUGCCUGUCACCGAAGCCCGCACAAGCAAGUGUGGUGUGGCACUGCUCACCU